AUGGCGGAACACGGUGCAAGGCGACGACUUGGUUCUUCUCGGCUUCGCCGAUGGGGUUUAGGUGCUCGUACAGUAGUCUCUACCACAGAUGCGCCAGCUACAACACCUGUGGCAGCUACUCAACCUACACCCCUUAUCACAGAUGCUCCAACUGCACCCCUUGUCACACAAUUGAGCACUGAAGGAAUCAUCCUAAUCUGCAAUGCCACCCACAUGAUUGUUCAGAUUCCGAAGGGACUCCUGACAGGUGGCAUGUCUGGUGAAGACGUCCGCUUCGAAAACGAUAAUAGCUCGGACUGCAUUGGAGAGGACAAGGGGGGCGACACCCCUGGUGACGAGUUUAUUGAACUUGCCACCAAACUCACAGAAUGCGAAACAGAAAUGAAGGAAGGUAACGACACUGAGACGUACACCAAUGGCGUCAUAAACCGAUAUGUAGAUGAUAACGGCAUAAGUCGCCAAUACGUCGUCGAUAUUCCGCUAACAUGCACGUACAAUAGAAGUCAUCGCGCCGAAUCAAUCAUCUACCAGCUCACUGACUACACUAUCGACAAGACCCUCGUCGAAGAGGGUGCCUACACCUUCUCCUUCGAUAUCUACACAGAUAAUACCUACACAGAUGUCGACGAUACUUACCCCAUCAGCAUCGGCCUCAAUAAGAAUCUGUUCUUUGCUGCAUAUGUGGACUCUCUAGACGGCACCCUCGACCUUUCGAUCCGCUCCUGCAGAGCCACACCGGAUUCGAAAUACGAUUCUCCCACUAAGUUCGAAUUCAUCGAAGACGGUUGUUCAAUUGACGACGACAAUACUAAGAUCACCACCCUGGAAGACCAUCGCAUAGGAGUAGAGAUGAAAACUAUCCGGUUCAUCGACGAUGAGGACGAUUGGGUUUACAUCCACUGUAAUCUCCUGGUAUGCGAUGACGAGGACGAUAAUUCAAUCUGCAACAAUGACUGCGCCCUCGGUUCUUCAGAGAUCAUGGGGCGAAAGAGGCGUGACGUCAGCAGCAAACUCAAGACCAAGCGAUUCACGCGAGGACCUCUCCGCGUUGUCCGCUCUGCACAGAGGCAGGGUAGUGUCUUACGCAUGGACGCCAGCGAGAACGGUGCCGCAACGCAACAAGAGUUUACCAACGCUUUUAACCCGUGGAUUGUUGCCAUUGCUGCUUUGGCAACCGUUGUCAUGGCAAUGGCCGCCAUGAUGGCUGUGGUCCUGCGGAAAGUCAACAAGAUCUCUGCCGCACCGGCCGGGUCCAAGGAAGGGUCUGCCCGUCUCCUAGAUGACAAAGAAGAAAUCUAAAUGGAAUUGUACAACAGCUCAAGAUAUCAAUAAUAUAAUAAACCCCCAUCGUAUUGAUGCCAAUUUUCUUUAUUAUAAUUAUAUGAAAAUGGCCAAAGAUCAACAAGAUUGUACU